AUGGUUCGGGAGGUGGUACGGAAAAGGCGUCAAAAUGACGGUGCCGGUUCUAAGAAAGCGGCGACCGCUUCUGCUACCGAUGACGCAAUUCAGAGCGAAGGAGUCGGUACAAGUAAUGAUGCAAAUAACGGCCAACAUGAAGAAGAUAAAAUUCAAUCUUCUACAGGAAAAGCACCUUCAGCUAGACAAACACGAAAAUUACAGUCUCGAGCAUCACUGCAAGCACCUUAUGCAAAUUUAUUAACAACAACACCCGGUAAGAAUAACUCUACUUUCAAUUCUCCCCGAACACCAUUACGAACACCAAGAUCAGCAACUACAAAACGACAAGACCUUUGGGGUAUCGCAUCACCUACAUCGCCUAAUUCACCAAGUAUGCGUGCUUUGAAUGCGAUUGUGAGUUUCAUUUCACCUUAUGCAAGUGCAAGAAGGAGCGCUGCUUUUGGUGAUCCAGAAGAAGACCAAGACCGUAGCGAGGUAUGGAAGGGUAAGCAGAAGCAAAACUCAAUGGCUCUGGUAGAAGAAGAUGACGAUGAGAAUGACGAAGAGGAUAUCGCUAGUUCAUUAUACCCUCCACUUCCUAGCGAUCCAAACUCUUCACUUCAAGCGAUCACAAAGGAUAAUAUGGAAAAUGAUACUACAAUUAUUGAGCAAACAAUUGAUCAAAUCGAAGAGGAUGACGAAGAUGAAAGCGAAGAAGAAGAGGAUGAAGAAGGAGCAGACGAACACGAACAAGUCCCCGCGCAUUCGCAGAUAGAGGACGACGAGCAAAGCCAGCCCAGCGAAGCUGACGUGGUCAUUAUUGAAGAAGACGUCGAAAUCAUUCCUCCUUCAGAAAUAGAUGGCCCGCAAGCCAAGACAACGUCUCGCACAUUCAGUCUUUCAUCUAAUUCUAGACCUGAACCUACUUUUGGCGCUCCCUCUGCAAUCGGUCUGGCCGUGUCAGAAGGUCAAUCAAUACAGAAUCUUGGCGAAAGCACGAGUGCAUCAAAUGCAUUGCCUCUCCCAGCAGCUCGUUCGCCUUUUCAAACGAAUGGCUUCAUCGCACCUCGAGAAUCUACUCCGUCAAAGAUGGGUUUCGGUGCGAUUGCAACUGAGCCAGUAAAUUCGGCUUUCAAACCUGUGCGACAGCCAGAACAUCAACAACCAAGCGUUGUUCCGCCUUCAUCUGCUUUUACAUUCGGUGUAAAUCAAGAGGCCAGCACAUCGAGAUUACCGCAAUAUCCACGAGUUACACGUCCAGCCAAGACCAUCUCACCUUUGGCAAAGAAUUACGAAUUGCUCGCUCGAUUCUUUGCUGAAAAAGCCGAGAAAGAAGCUAGAGCUGAAGCAUCUGCAUCGAUUUCAAGUAUGGACGAAGAUGGAAAUGAACAAUCGGGAGCAUUGACGGAGAUUGAAUUGGCUGGUUGUAUGCGAUUGAUCGAACAAAGUUAUGCACAAGGACAAGGCGAAGAAGUCGAACGAUUGCGACAUGAAGCUCUUCGACGUGCACAAGCUCCGCAGAUUCAAGGGGAUGAUUCGAUGGACAAUCACAUGGAUGAGGAUGAGGUGCACUUUGCCAAAUCGCACAUUGGAAAUAGUAGAAAACAGUUUAUCAGUCGCAGUCCAAGCUUGCCUCUUGGCGCUGCUGCUGGUGAAGCACCUGUUCCAGGUCUUUAUGGAUAUCGUUCACGCCCUAGUAGCUCUUUCUUGGCUCCAACAUAUCGUGAUCCACAAGAUGUUCGAGUCAAUCAGUCUCUUACAAACAUUUUCGGCAAUUCUGCCACUGUUCCACCCAAACGCAAACAUCGUCCUCUGUACCUAGGACCUGGUGUUGGAGCGACGGCCACUUCUGCGAUCUUGAAAAGAACUCAACAAAUGCAAGCACGCAAAUCAGCACUCACGACGCAGAGGGCAUCGCUACGUGAACAAUUACGACCUUUACCAAUGCGUGCGUUAGGUCGAAGUGAAGUUGCAGAGGAGGCCGAAGAUAGCGAAGGACCGAGAAAGCGACGAAAGCUGCCAGACGAGCCUUUGCAGAGCAAACAGACGACUGCGCCGGUAUCAAAUGGCAAAUUUGUCAACCAAAAAACUCCUGAACAAGCUACUGUCCAACCUACAAAUAAGACGACACCCCCUUCGCUCACGGCCACAGCAGAUGCCAUGCUCAGCAUUUUGAGCUCAGGUCCUUCUAUCCCAUCUCGCUCUCCAGCUGGAACGAGUACCAUCAGAGCAUCAACCGGUGGAGCGUCCGAAGCUGAGUCCUCUUCCAAUCCUGAAUUGGUCAAUCCGUAUGAAACCAGAUCACGUCUUAGAACACGUUCUGCUGCUCCUACUUCAACCAAUUCCUCAUCAACAGCAGCGGCAAAGGAGAAGGAACGAUUGAAGGAAGAAAGAGAGAAACGUCUUAAGGCUCAGAAGGAGAGAGAAGCAAGAAAGGAGAGUACGUUAGACUUCAUCAAAAGAACUGCACCUACGCCACCUGUAAGGCGUGGUCGACAGAUCCGUCUAGAGGAGGAGGAUGACGACGACGAAGAGGAAGAUGAGGAAGAAGCAGAACGAGAAAGUGAAAAGGCAGCCGCGGCAGAAGCUGAAGAAAAGGAGAGAGCCAAAGCAGCGGAGGAGAAUAAGAAACGCAAGAACGAGGAAUUGAAGAGAAGAAUGGACAAAUUGAACAAGGAUGCUAAGAGCAGAGACACUACUUCUGAUGGUGCCGAGCCAAAGUCCUCUACGCAGCCAACCAGCAGCAGCAUCCCAAUCUCAAAGUCAUUCUCUUUCAAUUCAGGUUUUGCUCCCAAAAAGCCAAGUCCAUUAUCACAAGCUGCUUCGAAUCAUGUUCCUGAUUCGCCCAGUGCAUCUUCUGAAUCAUCAGAACGUUCGAUUGCCAGAACGAUUGCAUCUCCACAGAAAGGCACUGCAGGUCCACCUACUUCAUCCACGAUUGUGAUCGAAGAUGACGAAGAGGAGGCCGAAGCCGAAGCACCAAAGCCAAAGGCUCCCCUGUUCAACUUUGGAAGUGCCAACAGCAGUGCCGCGAGCAAGACUGUUUCUGCUCCGACACCUACGUUGAGCUUCUCAGCAAAGGCUCCAGAACCCACAGCUGCAAGCACCUCGCAACCAGCCACUUCUGCACCAUUCUCUUUUGGCAAGACGGUCAAUGCAGAAGCACCGACAGCACCCACAAGUACUACUUCUGCCUCUGUGGAACCCACUACGGAUCGCGAUCAAGCUGCAAAUGCUCCAGUUUCAAGUCUUCCUAAGUUUGAUUUCACAUUGGAUGUGGUUUUACCCGAGUCCUCCGACAAGAAAGAUGAAGCUGCACGCAAGAGUGUCACUUCUGAGAGUGUCGAGUCACUGCCGAAGUUUGACUUUGGUGGAUCGUCUAUUGCUGAAACAUCAGCAUCGACCGAAACGGCCAAGACUUUCAGCUUUUCUGCCCCAAAGCCUGCUGCAACAGGCAGUGGUGCAUCUACACCAACUUUUGCGUUCAAACCCACACCUUCAGUUGCUGCUGCUGCACCGGCUAUUGGUAAGGAUGCCAGUGAAACGUCUGGUGAACCAGGAUCUGGAGCAACAAGUGGUGAUGACAGUGCAGGCGCAUCAGAUAAGACCAAGUCAGCUCUUCUCGCCGGAACAGGUGAAGGAGAGGAAGAUGAGAAUAGCUUGCACGAAGUUCGUUGUAAGAUUUGGAAUUUGUCAGAUGGAAAGUGGAACGAUCUGGGCAUUGGAGCUUUGAAGAUCAAGAAGCACAAGACCACUUCCAAAAAACGUGUCUUGGUCAGAAAUGAAGGAAAUGGAAAAGUGACUGUGAACUUCAAUAUCAUGUCAACUUUCAAACCUACCCAAGACAAGAAUGUUGUCACCUUUUUGGGCUUCGAUCAAACGGGUAAACCGACGAAUUACAGAUGCAAGAUCAAGACCGAAGGAGAUGCAAAAGAUCUCAAAGAGGCGCUCGAGAAUAGCGCAAAGGAGGCGGCUUGA